AUGAGGAGCGCGCUCAGGCGGUACGACUCUGGCAAGAACAUUCCCUCGCGGCCUGCGAGCUUCGAACGGACCAUGGCCAACCCCCCGCGCUACACAAGGACCCAGCUACGCCAAUAUUUUGACCGCAUCUGCUUGUCGGAAAGUCUGCACCAGUAUGAUGUCACGCCGCUAAGCCCACAGGAAAAGCUGGACUAUUUGGCUCUGCUGCAAAAACACAGCCUUUCCGCCAUCCCGUUCGAGAACCUCAGCCUGCACUAUUCCCAGCACCGCCGUAUUUCGCUGGAUCCCGACGAGCUAUUCCAAAAGCAGGUGCUGACGCAGGGCCGAGGGGGUUAUUGCAUGGAGAAUAACCUGGUCCAUAACAUCGUCCUGAGAUCUCUUGGCUAUCAGGUCUACUCGGCCGGUGCGCGAGUCAAGGGUGGUGCAGAAGCACCGUUCGGCGGCUGGAGCCAUAUGAUCAACUUGGUCACCAUUGAUGGCGCCAAGUAUAUGAUAGACGUUGGGUUUGGGGGCUGGAGUGCUCCCACAAGCCCGCUGCGCCUGGAGAGAAAUGCUUGCGACACCACUACCACCCAAAUCGCUCCGGCGGAGAUGCGGCUGGCCUGGAAAAAUGUCGACGGAAACACCGACCCUAACCAGAGGCUGUGGGUGUACCAGCAUCGUUCGAACAACGAAUCGCCCUGGCUGGACAUGUACUGCUUCAGCGAGCUAGAGUUCCUGCCACAAGAUUAUGAGCUCAUGAACUACUGGACGAGCACGAGCUCCAAGGUCUGGUUUACGCAAAAGGUAAUCUGCGCUAAGAUGGUCAUUGAUUCUCCCGAGAAUGCGGAAUUGGUUGGAAUCAUGAUCCUCCAAGAUGAUUUGAAAUUGCGCAUUCACGGCAAAACAGAGUCGCAGCAAACUUUCAAGAACGAGGAGGAGCGGGUUUCCGUGUUAGACAGGGUUUUUGGUAUCAAUUUGAGCAAACCGGAACGUGCAGGAAUCAAAGGUCUGGUGUCCGAACUCAAAUGA